AUGCUGCAGAGCCUUUGGCAUUUUCUGUCUAGCUUCCUUCCCAGGGCCGUGUGCCAAGGUCCUGCAGCUGAAAAAGAGGAUGAGGCCGGGAACGGCAGCCCGCUUCCAGGCCCCGGGGAGAAAGGGCCAAAGAUGGUGGGGAAGCCCCAGGACAGAGGGACUGACCCCACUGAAAGGAGACCAACUAUCCUACUGGUGGUUGGACCCGCAGAGCAUUUUCCGAAGAAAAUUGUGAAGGCUGGAGACAAGGACCUGGAUGGACAGCUGGAUUUUGAGGAGUUUGUUCACUAUCUCCAAGACCACGAGAAGAAACUGAGACUGGUCUUCAAGAGUUUGGACAAGAAGAACGAUGGCCGUAUCGAUGCCCAGGAGAUUGUACAGUCCCUUCGGGACCUGGGAGUCAAGAUCUCUGAACAGCAGGCCGAGAAAAUACUGAAGAGAAUAAGGACGGGACACUUCUGGGGUCCUGUCACCUACAUGGAUAAAAAUGGGACGAUGACAAUUGACUGGAACGAGUGGCGAGACUAUCACCUGCUGCACCCAGUGGAGAACAUUCCUGAAAUCAUCCUGUACUGGAAGCACUCCACGAUCUUUGAUGUCGGAGAGAAUUUGACCGUCCCUGAUGAGUUCACAGUGGAAGAGAGGCAAACGGGGAUGUGGUGGAGACAUCUGGUUGCAGGUGGAGGUGCAGGUGCCGUGUCCAGAACCUGUACAGCUCCCUUGGACCGCUUGAAAGUGCUCAUGCAGGUUCAUGCCUCCCGCAGCAACAACAUGUGCAUUAUUGGCGGUUUUACCCAAAUGAUCCGAGAGGGUGGACCAAGGUCACUGUGGCGGGGGAAUGGCAUCAACGUGCUGAAGAUUGCACCGGAAUCUGCCAUUAAGUUCAUGGCCUACGAACAGAUCAAGCGGUUCAUCGGCACCGACCAAGAAAUGCUGAGGAUCCACGAGCGGCUGUUGGCUGGCUCUCUGGCAGGGGCCAUUGCGCAGAGCAGCAUCUACCCGAUGGAGGUUCUGAAAACACGGAUGGCUCUAAGAAAGACGGGACAAUAUUCAGGCAUGUUGGACUGUGCCAAAAACAUCCUUUCCAAGGAAGGAAUGGCUGCCUUCUACAAAGGCUACAUCCCCAACAUGCUAGGAAUCAUUCCAUAUGCUGGUAUUGACCUGGCAGUCUAUGAGACACUAAAAAAUGCCUGGUUGCAACGCUACGCUGUCAACAGUGCUGACCCUGGAGUCUUUGUUCUCUUGGCUUGUGGCACCAUUUCCAGUACCUGUGGACAGCUCGCCAGUUACCCACUGGCUCUUGUGAGGACACGCAUGCAGGCCCAAGCUUCUGUGGAGGGUGCUCCUGAAGUGACGAUGCGGGGACUGUUCAAACACAUUCUGAAGACAGAGGGAGCAUUUGGUCUGUACCGGGGUCUGGCCCCGAACUUUAUGAAGGUGAUCCCGGCUGUAAGCAUCAGCUACGUGGUGUAUGAAAACUUGAAGAUGACUCUGGGUGUGCAGUCACGGUGACCAGGAGAUGCUGAGGACUUUGAACUCUGAAAUCUUGGGGUGUAAUCCCAAGACGUAUAGCCAUCUCUCAUUCUGUGAAUGUGUCGACACUAAGCUGACUAAGCAAAGCUGUGAAAUCUCAGAUAGUUUGUGAGUCAGUAAGGGGAGGGGAGCAUCUGGUGUCCUUUGCCAUCUUGCUACUCAGAGCUCUACGUAAACCAUCAGGUGGUCCGUUUUGUUGGGCCUUUUGGGAGACCGGGAGCCGAACUCCUGGCACAAUCCUAAGGCGUGAGUUGCUGAGGUCAAAGUAGCAAAGAUUUGGGGAACAGUCUGCUUUCAGCAUAUGACAUGUACAGAGCUGUAUGCCUGCAGAUGAGCACCUUCUGACUUGCUGAAAGAGCUUCUUUUUCCAUUCAGUUGUUUAACUUCCUACCUGUUGUUUAAAUUUGUACAAACCUUGUGUAGGAGCUGCUGCCACACCAGGCUUGUCAUUAUGUUUACAUAUAUUCCUUUGGGUAGGAGACAUUCAUGUUCUGCUUCCAAGACUUGACAUGAAAUGUAACUUUGAACUAUACUGGUUUUGAGGGCUGGUGGGCAGUGGUUUAUCCAGUCAGGCUGAAUGUUACUUAGGCCAGCCUGAUGAAGGAUUAGGAUUAUUUAUUUUUGAUAGGUUUAAGUGUGUCUCAUAAAUCCACUAACAAGAUGCACUUACUAACAGAAGCAGCAGACUAGAGCCUGCAUGCCUGUAUCCUUUGCAUGCCGGGAUUGGCUUGUCUUAUACUCAGCAGGGGCUUGGAAAGGGGAAGGCUUGAGAGUCCUCGGUGGACCGGCACCUUGAUGCAUGGCUUUAGUGAAUAAAUGACAAUACUUCACAGCUCCUGUGCAGCUGUGCUCCCAGCACGACAAGAGAGCCCCUGUGCAGCAUCGCAUGGACCUCUGAAUUCCAUUCUGCCUGGUGCCAAGGGUAGCUGAUGGACCUUUCCAAACCCAGUGCCUACGCUGCUAUCUAUCUCUUUAGACCUCUUUGUAGAUUGAUGUUCAGGUUUGCAUUAGCGGGAUGGAGUCCCCGAGCCAGAAGGGUCUGUUGUGGGAAGGGGUGUUAGGGAGAGGGGCUGGUUGUCACUGGGAGAGGUGAGCUUUCAGUCCUGAGGACGCGCUUGCUUUUCUUUCAAAGGGUGCUUUUCAUAAGGCUAAGGGAAAGAGCUGGCUUUAAAAAUUUCUCUGCAUUAUGGGCUACUUUAGUUGAUAGGAUCUGGCUUCUGAGGCCUGGGAGAUCCUCAUCCAACUUUUCGUUUUGGGCAAGAUGGACCAGCGUUGCAUUCCACUGUUUUACUGCUUAAAGCAUAUUUAUUUUGUAUUUAUUUGAACAGAGUUAUGUCAGACUAUUUUUAUAGACUUGUUUAAAUAUUGUUACUGUGCUUGUAUUUCUCCUGUUUUAAAAAGUUCUCUAUUUGUUCUCGUACAUCACACAGCUGAGUCGUGGGAAGGACACUGAAGUCACUAGCGUACCUUCCCUGUGGGGCUUGAGCUGCCUUUCCCCAGUCCGGGGUUGUUGCUGGAGGACCUCAGCCCAGAGAAAUUCUGUAGCAGGAUGCCAUAGGAGAGAAGGGAGCUGGUGAGGAAGCAGGGAUGAGGGCAGAGGGUGCACCGUGAGGCCUGCCUUAUUUCGGAAUUGCCUCUGUGCACGGCUGAAGGGGUUUCGGGUGGAUGGCUGAAGUUGGGAAGUAGAAGGUCUGUGCAUGUUGGGUGUCACAACAGCUAAUUGAGAGCGAUCUUGGGGAAUCUUUAUGUAAAAGGGGAGGGGGGAGAAAUCUCAGGGACUAAAGAAAACACAAGUUUCUAGAGAGAUGGGAGGAAACUUGCCCUUGGACCCAAGCUGCUGCAGUUGUGCUUUGAGGCUGAAUCAGCAGAUCCUGCUGCUGAGCCACUGCUCUCUACGUGCAAAUGGACACUGGGGAGAAGUGCCUGAGAAGUCGGAAAAGGAUCUGUUAGCACUCAGCAGCUGCUUUUCUGCUGACAGACUUCAUGGAGAGCCUUCCAGGUGAGGCUCUCUGCCUUGGCUAUCCAGUGCUGUCAGUAGUUAGCCACAUGGGAAUCUAAGCGGUCUGGAUUAGUGAUAAGAUUUUUUCCCACCCCCCCUCUUUUUUUUUUGAGAUCUAUUGUAAAUUUUGCAGUGGCUCCUUCCUACCAGUGUGGCCUAAUGGAAAUAUGAAUAUCAGAAUGCAAAAAUCAAUGCAAAAUGACAACCAUCUUUGUAGCUGUAACCACAAAUUGUUAAUAUGCAAAUCUAACUCGGAUCCUUCAUGUAGGGAACAGUCUGCUAAUAAAGGUCUGUCAAAGAGA